AGCUAGGUCUCGAGGUUUGGUGUCACGCAACCUAGUGCUAAAGAUGCAGCGUCUGUGAGCGGUGAAAGUUCCAUGGCCACCACUCGUGGCGUGGCCUCAGUUCGAUCGAUCUGACGUCUACCCAACGGCGGCUCGCGUGGGCUGACAUGGAGGUCAACUCAUCGGCAGAUAAGACACCUGGGGAUACCAGAAUACUGGGUGGAUGUUCCGCCAUUUCGGGGCAAGCAGGAAUAGGCACACAAGUCCGCCUCUACUACGCAGCGCCCUCCACCGCGAUAAUGCAUGUCAGAUAUCACACCCACAGUAACGUGGUAUAGAAAGACACAGGGUUUCCCCAAGGGUUCACACGCCCGAGCCUCCUUCACCCCAACCAUGGCGGAUCUAUCCAGCUGGCGGCAUCUCGUUGUGCUUCACUCCCUGUCCCAUUCGCCUACCAGGGCCGUCUGCUAGAGAGUGUUGGAAUAUUGCAGCGGCAGAUCCCCGGUCCGGUCACAGUUCCGCACGCCCCUUUUUUCUUGGCUUAGCUUGCGCCCUCGGGACACCAGUCUUCGCGGCAGUCAUGUUUCCCCGGGCUGGACUGUCCGCCAUCGCCGCGCUCAUGGUAACCAUAGCCGUCUCAACUGGCCCAUGCUCCACCAAAAGUCCGUGUGCUACCCUCGCGGCCGCGGGCCUCCAGGACACCGUGCUCAAGCCGGGUGAUGCCGCCUACGCGGAGCGCAUCAACACGCUGUGGUCCGCCUCGGCCCGCCUGGCGCCGGCGUGCAUAGUCACGCCCAAGGACGCGGCCGAGGUGUCGGUAGUGCUGCAGACCCUGCGGAAGAUGCCCCGGGCCAAGUUCGCCAUCCGCAGCCGCGGCCACAGCCACUGGGCCGGCGGCAACAACGUCGACGGCGGCGUCGAGAUCGACCUGAGCGCCCACUUCGUCGGCGCCACGUACGACGCCGGCACCAAGCUGGCCUCGGUCCUGCCCGCCAGCCGCUGGGGCACGGUGCUCAAGGACCUCGAGCUCCAGCACGGCGUGGCCGUCGUCGGCGGCCGCGACGGCAACGUCGGCAUCGGCGGCUUCCUCACGGGCGGCGGCAACUCGUACUACACGGGCAGGUACGGUUUCGGCUGCGAUAAUGUCGUCAACGCCGAAGUCGUGCUCGCCGACGGCCGCGUCGUCAACGCCAACAAGGACGAGAACGCGGACCUGUUCAAGGCGCUCAAGGGCGGCUGGGGCAACUUUGGCAUCGUCACCCGCUUCGACCUCUUCACCUUCCCCAGCGGCCCGGUCUGGGGCGGCGCCCGCUUCAACAACGUGUCGCAGGGGGCCGUCGUCGUCAGCUCCAUGGUCAACUUCACCGCGAACUCCCGCGAGCACCCCGGCGCCGCCUACCUCAUCAGCUGGACCUACAACCCGGCCGUCGGCAAGGAGCCGGUCCUCGCCCAGUUCCUGAUCGACACCGACGGCGUCGCCGCCGGCCCCGCCUUCACCGAGGCCCUGCAGUCGACCCAGCUCUUCAACGACUUCACCACGCGCCGCAUGGACCAGCUCGUCGACGCCUACCUGCUCCCGGCCGGCAGGCGCAACGUCUGGUUCACCCUGACCUUUGCCAACGAUGUCCGCGUCGUCAACAGGGCCGACGAGCUCAACGCCGUCUUCGUAGCCGACAUGCUCGCGGCCGUGCCCGCCGACCAGCUGGCCACCCAGGUGCUCUUCCAGCCCAUGCCCGAGCUCUUCUUCGAGCUUGGCCGGGCCAGGGGCGGCAACGUCCUGGGCAUGGACCGCGUCGAGGGCGACUCGCUCCAGUGGCUGCUCGCCUGCACCGUCGAGACGGCCGAACAGGAGAGGCUGCUGCACGAGCGGUCCCUCCGCUUCAAGACCGAGCUGGCCGACUACGCGAGGUCCAUCGGCGUACUGCGCGAGUGGCAGUACAUCAACUACGUCGACCCCACUCAGGACCCCGUCGACAGCUACGGCCCUGACAACGUCGCCUUCCUCAAGCAGGUCUCGGCCAAGUAUGACCCUAAGGGCUUCUUCCAGAAGCAGCAGGGCGGUGGCAUCAGGCUGCCUGCCUGAGUCGUACCCGUCUAAAUAAAGUCCGUCUUACCCAUCGUGGUACAUAUAUCGUAUAAAUCACGCUAGUAAAUGGACAAAUAAUCGAAUGACACGUCUUGGCGUUGCAACUGCGCGUCUGUGAUUCGUCAACAAGAAGCUAUGGGGGACCUUGCAGUGGUGCUGUCCUGCUUCGGGUUGGGCCUCGGGAUUUCAUCUCCUGUCUUCACGUUUUGGGACUCUCCCAAAGAUUUGUCGCUGCUAGCCCUGGAGCUGAGAUCAGCAUGAUAUAUACCUGGUACCUAGUAGUUGUGGAAAUGAUGUGGGGCAUCUAUCGUGGCCCAACAGUGAUGACCCUUGGUGGAUGCUCAGCUCAAACCUCGGGUUCGCCAAGGAUCGAAGGAUCACCGACGACUGCAGCUUUUCGACAAUGACAAGGCCCCUGGCCCCCUUAGCUCGUUUAGAGCUUAGCCUUGCCCUUGGCCUUGCCAAACACAACCUUGUUGGUGCAGGACCCG